CUAUGAUAAGCUUUGCGCACUAAAACCUGCUUAAGAAAUAAACCUGCGCUACUAUGCUAUAUAUGGAGCACAUCGCCGGACUCCGUCGCUAGGAUGACAUAGAGAUCGUUGUCGCCGGAGGAGUGAUACGAAACUUUCUGGAGCUGCUGGUACGAGACCAAACUAUUGCCAUCGAACAGUACUGUCGCCGGGGUGUUGCCGCAGAUUCGCCGGACUGACGGCCAUCCAUUCGCCGGAGUAAGAAGAAGAUCGCAGCUGCUCGUUCGUGUCAACCGGUCGCCUGUUCUGCCGCUGUGACACUUGGACGCCGUCCCCGGAAGAAAGGACCGCCGCUGAGGCGCUGAGUUUUGCUCGCCGGAGGAGAAGUCCGGCCGCUGCACCGAAGAGCUAGUGUAACGUUGAGUUGGAAGGCUUCAGUUCGGUCACUACUAUCGGAAGAGAAGAUCACGGAGGGAGCAACGCCGGAAAGUGCCGAACGAGGACGUACUGUGUGAAGGUGAUUGAGUGAGAAGCAAAGUAGAAGAAUUGCCUAGAUUAUUUGCAGAAGAUCGAGAUAGAAGCUUCGGUUAUGAAUUAUCGUGAUUUGAGGUAAGUUUCACGUCAACCAACAUUAUGUUUUUUUUCCUCGUAAAUCAUUUUUGAAAUUAUUUGAGUACUUUCUGAGAUUCUAGUAUUUACAUUUGAGUAUUUGGAAUUUCUUAUGAAUUGUUAUUGAGAAUUAUAUUUGAGAUUUGAGUAUUUGAUAUUGGAUGAUAUUUUUGAGUAUUUGAGAUAUCUUAUGAAUUGUUAUUGGGAUUACAUUUAUGAAGUAUUUGGCUCUUUUGUAAAAUUUUAUUGUAUGGUGAAUUCGAGUGUAGUUGUUGGCGUUAAUAUUUUACAUUGUGGAUGAUUUUGUGGAGUUUGGAUUUAAUAUCCGUUUUGAUUGAGAUUGAAUUAUGAUUUUGUGAGCACCCGGAGAAAUCCGUGGUGUCGGUUUGCCACAUCCGGAUAAAUGUGGAAUAUUUGGUGAGUGGUAAUGGCUCUAAGCAUAAAUCCACCAGGGGUACUUCCCAAAAACGGAGUAUCCCAGCUUAAUUGUAGUGUAGUUGGUAGAAAAAUCCCGACUACUCGGGCUUCUUACUACCCGGAGGGCUUGGAAUCCCUUUUAGGGGGUGUGCACACUUAAGGUAGAAGUUCGGCUUCCACUGGACUUGGUUUGACUGAAAUUUGAUUGGAUUGAGGUGAUUGAGAUUAUUUGAUUGACUUGAUUUGGACUUGAGGUGAAUAUUAUUUGAUUGGAUUUGUGGUGGAAUUGAAUUAUUGAAUUGAUUGGAAUUAUUGGAAUAUUGGAUUGGAUUAUAUUUGGAUUGAAUUUGAGUUGGAUUGAGUUAUGUUGGAGAUAUUUAAUUGUGAAUCAAGUUUGUCAUAGAUUAGCUUUAUAUUUAAUCCUUGUAUUUAAUUAGUGCAUGAAUUAGAUAGCAAUCGGGCCAAGUGUUAGGCCCAUAUAAACAGGCUAAAAGUCUUGUACGCCUAACCUAAACCUCGCCUAUAAAAAGGGAGCCGAGGGUUUAGGAUUAGGUUAACGUCGUACUUAUUCUUCAUAGCCUUACGCGCAUACUUUUGUGUUGUACGAAGUUCACGGUCUAUCAAAGAGGGUUUUAUGUUGAUUCAUUAUGUGUUCAUCCUUACGUUUAAUCUUCGUUGUUAGAUCGUUAUUCAUUGCUGUUACAGAAACAGGGACUAACAAUUGGUAUCAGAGCCGAUCGAGAACCGAUCAGAAGAAUGCCUGCAGAAUACUCUGUUUUUCUUUACGUUGUUCUUACUGUCGAUAUUUCACUCUGUAAUUUUGUUUCUUGUUCAAAACUUGUAAAAGUUACACCCUUAGAAUCGUCUUUGCAAAGCGAUCAAGGGGUAUACUUCAGAUUUUGUUUUACGCAUUUUCUGUAUUCGAGAUAUCUCGAGUAGGGGUUGUCGACAUCUUGAUUUUUCACAGGUUCUGCUACGUUUUUCGAGCUGAAAACUUUACCCGAGGAUCUCGACAUUCUACUCUACAGGAAACUACCUUCAGAUUUUGUUUAUCUGAUUUUUACAGUUUGCAGGAUUUCGACAUUGAGGAUUUCGACAUCUAGGAUUUCGAGAUCUUGAUUUCGAGUUAAGGUUUCGACAUCUGGUCUCGACAUUUGACUUCUCAAAAUUAAGGUUUCGAGUUUUAACAUCUCGACAUUUCAAAUCUCGAGAUAAGCUUCUCGAAAUUUGAAAUCUCGAGAUCCCUAAUCUCGAGAUCUUUAAUCUCGAGCUCAAAUCUCGAUACUGGGCCUCCUUUAUCGAAAUCUGAGAUUUCGAUAUUCAGAUCUCGACAUCUGAUUUUUCGACUUUCUGCCUCUGAAAAUCUUUUGAUCAAUUUUCUCGAACGGUCAGUUUAGUACAACAAUGGCUUCAGAAUUCAAUGCACAAGGGAACAGCAGUACCCCUCCUAGUCUCAGGAAGGGAGAAUACCAAAUGUGGAGGAACAAAUUCCUUAAUUUCCUCGAGCACAAAGAGAACUCCGCUGCGAUGCUUGAAUCAUUGCUUAAAGGACCAGCUGAACUCUUGAUCUCAGUUGGUGGAGAUCCAGAAAAUAAUCCUCCUAUUUUUCCAGAAAUAAGGAGGAAAGUGCCAUCUGAAUACACAGAAGCUGACAGGCUCAGACUUCGUGGUGACCUCAUGGCCAAAACAUACCUUCUUCAUGCAAUCCCCAAUGAAGUAUACGUUCUCAUAGACACCAUGCAAACAGCUAAGGAAAUGUGGGAUGAGAUAGAGAAGCUGCUCCAAGGCACAAGCAUCAGUCUCAAAACCAAGAAGACUACGAUUCUUAUCGCUUAUGACUCCUUCAAAGCAGGUCCAGGAGAACCAUUGAAUGAGACUUACAACAGACUUGUUCAACUGGUAAAUGAACUCAGAAAAAUCAAAGUAUUCAGGUCCAAUCUGGAACUGAAUAUUAGAUUUUUAUCCAGCCUGCAUCCUGCAUGGGAAAAGACAGUGAAGGAUGUCAGAUCUCGGAUAGAUUUGGACGAAAUUGACCUCUGCACACUCUAUGAACAUCUGAAGCAAUUUGUCAACGAGGUUGCCUGUGCUGAGGAUCAUCACACCACAAACCCCUUAGCUCUUGUAAUGGAGGCUCAACCAAGAAGGACAACCACUUCACUAAAGAAGAAAAAGAAGAAGGUGGUGGUUGAAUUAGAUGAUGAUGAUAGUGAUGAUGACAAAUCUGAUCUAGAGGCUGAGCUAGCAGACUUACAGAAGAAGAUGACACUGCUUGCCAAAAGAUUUGCUAAGAAGAACAGCUCCUCCAACAAGAUGAGAACUUCCUCCUCAAACUACAAGCAGAAGAACCAUGAUCAAGGAUCUUCCAGAAAGGCGUCAUCAGCUGAAGACGCCCCCAAAUGCUACAACUGUGGUAAGGCUAGACAUGUCAUCAAAGACUGCCGCCUCCCAAAGAAGAAAGAUGCUAAUUUCUACAAGCAGAAGAUGAUGUGGAAUAAGCAGAAAAUGCUGAUGGUGCAGAAAGAAGAAGAAACUUCUGCUAUGAUUGCUGAGAAUGAGAACUGGGCAGAAGAUUCUUCUGAGGAGGAGGAGGAGGAAGACAACUAUGCCCUUAUGGCACGAGUGGAGGAAGAUGAAAGAAAGGGUGAUGCUGCGAUCCCCGAAAGCGAAUGCUCAACAAGCACUGUAAGUACCUCACACACUCCUUUAAAUAAUCAAAUGCAGUCCUUACUUGAGAAGGACAAUCUAAUCAAAGAUCUAAAGGAGAGACUAGACAAUAAUUACAGGGUACUGAAACAGAAUCUAGACCAAAAGUCUUCCUUAAGUGUUCAACUUGAAAUUGCAAAAGAUCAGGUCAAAAAGGUGUCCUCAGAUUUUGAAAGCUUUGAACUUAAGAUAGCUGAAUUGACUAAGAAAUUUGAGGAUAGUGAACGAGAGAAAAGCACAG